AUGAUUUAUGCAAUGAAGAAAGAACACGUGUUUUGGGCUUCUGUAUGUCUGCUGCUUAGUCUUGCCCCUAUGCCUCUUAAUGCUGUUCCUGAGGAAGAUGAAGAACAUACAAAUAUCACAGGUACUGUGUUGCCACCACUGAAAUUGAUGCAUUCAUUUUGUGCAUUGAAGGCGGAUGAUGGGCCAUGCAAAGCGAUGAUGAAGAGAUUUUUUUUCAAUAUUCUCACUCAGCAAUGUGAAGAAUUUGUAUACGGGGGCUGUGAAGGAAAUCAGAAUCGAUUUGAAAGUCUGGAAGAGUGCAAAGAAAAAUGUGCAGUUGGUUAUCCAAAGAAGAUUUCAAAGAAGACAUUUAAAAAAGAAAAGCCAGACUUCUGCUUUUUGGAGGAAGAUGCUGGAAUCUGUAGAGGUUAUAUUACCAGGUAUUUUUAUAGCAAUCAGUCAAAGCAAUGUGAGCGUUUCAAGUACGGUGGGUGCCUGGGCAAUCCAAACAACUUUGAAUCCUUGGAAGAAUGCAGGAACACCUGUGAGGAUGUUUUGAAUGAUUUCCAGGUGGAUGAUUAUAGAAAGCAGCUUGAUGCUAUAAACAAUAUCUCUGUGACUUCCCAACCUACCAAAAUUCCCAGCCUUUGGGAAUUUCAUGGUCCCUCAUGGUGUCUCACCCCAGCAGACAGAGGACUGUGUCAAGCCAGUGAAAAGAGAUACUACUUUAAUUCAGUCAUUGGGAAAUGCCGCCCAUUUAAGUACAGUGGAUGUGGUGGAAAUGAAAAUAAUUUUACUUCUAAAAGAGCAUGUAUUAGGUCAUGUAAAAAAGGUUUCAUCCAAAGAAUAUCAAAAGAAGGACUAAUUAAAACAAAAAGAAAAAGAAAGAAGCAGCCAGUAAAAAUACUAUUUGAAGAAGUUUUUGUUAAAAAUAUAUAA